AUGAAUUCAACUCAAGGGCUUAGCUUCAAACAUCCAUCCUCUAUUCGAUUCUAUUGAUGCGAGCAUUGAUUUUUCGGGUAAUAAACGUUGCUUUUAGUUUCUGUCUUUUGAUCCCUGUAUUCUGAAGAAGGAAGCUCAAAUUCAUUCUCUAUGUGAAGAUUUAGACGGCCAGAGGUUUUUGCAGGAUAAGAGAAAAAGGUAAAGUCUUUUAGAAUUUUGAGAUACAAUUCUUAGUGCCCGCAUUCUGUUUUUCAACAAUGAGCAGUGCUCCAAAGAGAUCUCAUGAGGAGGCUGGUGGUCAUUCCACUCCUUCAAAAUACCCGCAUGAAGAUACUAGUGGAUACCCUAAGGUGACAUCCUCUUCUGUUUCAAAUGAUUACCACCAUCCUCCAGCCUAUGAGGUGGGUCAAGAUGGUCGAGCAGCCAAGAUUCCUCGGACUGAAUCGCGUGAUUCAGAUAGAAGGUCUCCUCUUCAUUCAAAUUAUCGAAUUCCUUCAUCUGCUUCAAAUGAUUCACAUAUGGAUUCCCAUCCUAGUGGUUCAGAAAGCAGGAUAGAAUCACGAGAUUCCAAGGAAAAUCGAGAGGUUAGGGUUGAAAGCCGGGAGGCUAGGGUAGAAUCAAGGGAAUUUCAUGGUGAGGCAGCAAAGAAGGAGUAUCAAAGUGGAAAAGGUGAGAAGGAGGUUAGGUUUGAGGGUAGAGGAGAAGAUGGUAAGGAAUUGAAGUAUGAUAGGGAGAACUCUAGUGAUCCAAAGGGUGACAUGAAGGUGGAAAAGGAUGGUUAUGGUGGGUCUAGUAGUCACUUGGGUUGGAAGGAAUCAAGAGAGUACCAUAGAGGAAAAAGGCAUCCAGAAGCCCCAGGGGGAGGUCUGGAUCCAUGGCAAAUGCCACGUGAUAAUACACAAGGGCAAAUUGAAGCCGUAAAGGAAGGUUUCGCUACAGAAGAAAGGGAUCAUGUUGAAACACAUGAGGCUGUUGGUGAGAAUAAAUUUGAUCCGAAAGGUGAGGAUAGGUUUAAGGACAAGGAAAGGAAAAGAAAAGAAAUGAAACAUCAUGAUUGGGGAGAUAGAGAUAAGGAAAGAAGUGAACGUAGGAGUUACAGCAUGCAGGCAGGUAAUGGCAGUGGGGAAGGUAAAGAAUCUGCUAGAGAGGAGAGAGAAGCUGAGAGAUGGGAAAGAGAGAGGAAGGAUUUAAAGGACAAGGGAAGGCUGAAGGAGAAGGAAAAGGAUCAUGUCAAGAGGGAACCAUUGAAUGGAAUAGAGAAAGACGGAUCACACAAUGAAAAGGAAUUGGGAGAUGGAUCUGUCAGAACACCAGAGCAGGAAAAUACCACAUCUGAGCAGAGAAAGCAAAAAGAGCUGGAUAACUUGAAAAAUGUUGAUAGAGAAGCUAAAGAGAAGAGAUGGGAAAGAGAUGUUGACACAGAAGGAGACAAAUCUGAAAAGUGCAGUAGGGGCUAUGAAAAAGAAUCUGAUGAUGGAAGUGCAGGUGCUGAAGGGGCUAAUGAAAGGGAUAGGGAUGUUUUUAAUUAUGGAGUCCAGCAGCGUAAAAGGAUGCUCCGGCCAAGAGGCAGCCCUCAAGUGGGAAAUCGUGAGGGCCAUAUUAGGCCUCAUUCUCAGGAAAAUGAAGGAUCUCAGGGUAAAGCUGAAGUAUCUUCUGUUGUUUACAAAGUUGGUGAAUGCAUGCAAGAUCUAAUUAAGUUGUGGAAAGAAUAUGAAGCAUCUCAGGCUGAUAAAAGUGGUGAUAGUUCUCAAAAUAGUCCUACUCUUGAAAUUCGAAUACCUGCUGAGCAUGUUACUGCUACAAAUCGCCAGGUUAGAGGUGGUCAAUUGUGGGGUACUGAUAUCUACACUGAUGAUUCUGAUCUUGUUGCUGUUCUCAUGCAUACUGGGUAUUGCCGCCCCACCGCCUCUCCACCUCCACCAGCCAUUCAGGAGUUGCGUGCUACCAUCCGUAUCCUACCUCCUCAAGAUUGCUACACUUCUAAACUUAGAAACAAUGUUCGAUCCCGUGCAUGGGGAGCUGGAAUUGGUUGUAGUUACCGUGUUGAAAGGUGCUGCAUUGUUAAGAAGGGAGGUGGGACAAUUGAUCUUGAACCUUGUCUUACACAUUCAUCAACCGUAGAGCCUACGCUUGCUCCAGUAGCUGUAGAGCGGACAAUGACUACAAGAGCUGCAGCUUCGAAUGCACUGCGGCAACAAAGGUUUGUACGGGAAGUUACAAUACAGUACAACCUCUGCAAUGAACCUUGGAUAAAGUAUAGUAUUAGUAUAGUUGCUGACAAGGGUCUCAAGAAGCCCCUCUAUACAUCUGCACGCUUAAAGAAGGGUGAAGUCCUUUAUUUAGAAACUCAUUCAUGCAGGUAUGAGCUCUGUUUUAUGGGUGAGAAACUUGUAAAAGCCUCAACGACAUCUCAACUUCAUGAGGCGGAGACAGAGAAAUCUCAAAACCAUCACUCCCAUUCCAUGAAUGGUGAAAAGAGUGACUCAGAUAACACAAUGGUUGAUGUUUUCCGUUGGUCUCGCUGUAAGAAGCCCCUUCCCCAGAAAGUCAUGCGUUCAAUUGGGAUCCCCUUGCCACUUGAACACAUUGAGGUAAUUGAGGAGAAUCUGGAGUGGGAAGAUGUGCAGUGGUCACAAAUAGGUGUUUGGAUAGCUGGAAAAGAAUACACACUCGCACGGGUGCAUUUUCUGUCUUCUAAUUAGCUGUUACUUAAUGUUUAUUAUUACAUCUGUACUAUAAUUUCAUGUCUUCUAAGUGUUAAAUUGCAUGUCUGCUGAAUUAUUGGGCUCUUCAGCUGGAGAGGUUGGCACUUCCACAAAUAGAAUGUCAGUGUUGUGCUCUAUUUCUUAUCAGAUAACAACUCCCCUUCUUUGUGUCUUCUCUCACUCCCCGGGAUAACCCAAAGAGGGUUUGGGUUAUAAUACACUAUUUUUAGGCUU